UCUUCCCGUUACGUUCGAAUCGAUCGUUCGAGCGUUCACUCACAAACGAGAAUCCCUAUAUAUACUGAAUCCUCGAGCCGGACAAUUCAGUAUCAUCGAUAACACGAUUCCACGCGAUUCUUCCAAUAUGAAGAUCACCUACAAGAUCGUCCUUGUGUUGGCUUUGGCCAGUAUCGCGAGGCCAAAAUUGAUAUCGAAAAGGGGGAAAAGAAGCGUGGCUGUAGUGGGGCCAUCUGGCUACGACUUUUUUGGGGUAGCGCCAAUCUUCUCCACCGGGUCAUGGUCGCCCACCGGGUUUGGAUCCGCUCCCUGGAACCCUUCAGGGAUACCGGACAUACCUUUGACGCAAGUUCAGGUCCAAGCCACACACGACGUCGCUAUCCAGGCGUUGAAGGAUCCGGUUGACGGGACCCCUAGUGUCGCCUAUCCUCCAGAUGUAUUGAGAGCUAUUCAACAGGCGAAGGAGGCAAAUCGGAACGUAAAUUGGGCGCAACAAAAGGUGGCAGAGGCAAAACAGACUACUAUUAUUCAGCAGAAACUCGCUCUUGCUAAAGAAGCUGCUGCGAGGGAGGCUGCGGCAAGGUCGGAAGAAAUUUCGUCAGCUGCCGAGGCCGAGGCAAGAGCGAGCGCAAAACAAUUGGUCGCCCUGCAACAAAGAUUGGCGUCGUUGAAAGAUGCGGUCGCAGCUGCCCAACGAGUGGCCGCCGCGAGGGAAGCGGCUGCAGCUGCCGCCAUUCAGAGGAACGCCGCUGCAACGGCUGCCGAGUUGCAAAAACAGGAUGUCGACAAGCAGAUUAGCCGAAGCGAGCAAGAAGCGAAGGAGAAAGAUAUAAUAGCGGCCAAGGAGAACGCCGUUGCGAAUGCAGUGCAACUCGCGGCGUUGCAAAAAUCAUCGCAUCACUCUUGGGGUCGAUAAAUUCUCUCUCCCCCUUUUUUGUUUUUUCCUCCAAUUUUCUUCU